CACCGGAAGGUGCUGCUAUGGAAGACAAGCUGGCCAAGGCCCCAGAUGCGAAGGGCGGUUCUGCUGCGGGCCGACCAAAGACAGGUAAAGCGGCCAGCAGAGACAGCUCUCCAAAAGAGAAACAGAUCUCCACACAGGGAACAGAAAGUCCCCAGGAUUCCUGUGCAACAAGAUGCAAAAGUGUGCUGAAAAGAGCCUCAAUCCCCACAGAAUUCCUCAGGUACAAGGUCCAGAACUGUCCUGGCAACUCAGAGAAUAUAACCAUCCUCAACAACUCCCCCAUGGAUGUAGAGGUCCAGUUCUCCUUUGAGAAUUAUGGAAAAGCAGACACGUUCCUUUUGAACCCUCCCAGAAUGUCACUGAAACCAGAGGAGAAGCAGGAGCUGACCAUUUGGGCAUACCCCACUUCUCCUGGCUUGCUGGAAGACAAACUCAUCUGCUGCAUUGAGAAGAACCCAGACCCAGUGGUCUUCAGCUUCUGCUGCCACGGGGUGCACGUGAAGCUGGAGGUCAGCCUCCUGAAGCUGUCUUUUGACAAGCUGCUUCUGCACAGGACUGACAGCAGGACCUUGGUCCUGAGAAACGACACCCUAGUGCUCAUGGCCUGGCAGUUCAGUGGGCUGGAUGACCUUGUUGAGGCCUUCUCCUUGUCACAAGAUAACGGCAUCGUUGAUCCCGGCUCAGAGUUUGAAGUGACACUGAAUUUCAAGGCCGAGAGGAUUGGCAUCAUUGAGAAGAUCCUCCGACUAGAGGUCCAGAUGGAAGCUUGGAAUUUGGAACUAUUAAUGUCCUGGAUCAUGUGAAGAAAGUCCUGACUCUAAAGAACAAAGGGCUAUACAACAUUGGGUACCGGUGAGUCCACCUGCCUGGUAGUGAACAUUCUCUCAGGUUCCCAGACCUGCCUUCUCCCUCUGUCAAUGGCUAGAACCUGUUUACAUGCUGGCUACUUCUUGGAAAAUACAAAACCUGGGC